GUGUGAUCCAGGUGUCUUUACCGUUGUGUCAGAGAGGGACGCAGUGUGCUGCUCCACUGGCCCUUCAAACAUCAGCAAAAUGGAUGAAGAUUAUUUUGGAUUCUCUUGGGUUCGCAAUGAGAACAGAAAAAACGUCACCAUAUAUGUUAACAAUCCAGCGGACAUCUCAGUGAUUGUUAUAUAUUUUCUGGUGGUUCUAGCUGUGGGAGUAUGGGCAAUGGUACGGACCAAUCGAGCCACAGUGGGAGGCUUUUUCCUGGCUGGCAGGAGUAUGGUGUGGUGGCCAAUUGGAGCCUCUCUCUUUGCAAGUAACAUCGGAAGUGGGCAUUUUGUGGGAAUAGCAGGAACUGGAGCAGCUGCUGGUAUUGCUAUCGGGGGGUUUGAGUGGAACGCUCUUGUUGUUGUGAUUAUUCUGGGAUGGCUCUUCGUGCCCAUCUACAUAAAGGCUGGGGUCGUGACCAUGCCAGAGUACCUGAAGAAACGCUUUGGUGGGCAGCGGAUCCGGAUCUACCUGUCCGUGCUCUCCCUGUUUCUUUAUGUUUUCACCAAAAUCUCUGCGGACAUGUUUGCAGGAGCCAUUUUCAUCAACCAGGCUCUGGGACUAAACAUUUACCUGGCCGUGAUUAUUUUGCUGCUCAUUACGGCUCUUUACACAGUAACAGGUGGUCUAGCUGCAGUCAUCUACACAGACACCCUGCAGACCAUCAUCAUGGUUGUGGGAUCAUUCAUUCUUAUGGGUUUUGCGUUCAAUGAGGUGGGAGGCUAUGAGAACUUCAAAGACCGAUACAUGACUGCGAUCCCAUCAGUGGUGAUAGCGAACAUAAGUGAAAAGUGCUACACUCCUCGUGCAGACUCAUUCCACAUCUUUAGAGACCCCCUCACCGGCGAUCUGCCCUGGCCUGGCCUGAUCUUUGGUCUUACUAUCCAGGCCGCCUGGUACUGGUGCACUGACCAGGUGAUUGUGCAGCGCUGUCUGUCUGCCAAGAACCUGUCUCAUGUGAAAGCGGGCUGCAUCCUGUGUGGUUACCUCAAACUUCUGCCAAUGUUCCUCAUGGUUUUCCCUGGCAUGAUCAGCCGAGUGCUGUACACAGGGAGGCUCUUCGACUACAUUCAGUCCAUCACCAGCUAUCUGGCUCCACCCAUUGCUGCUGUCUUCACCCUCGCCAUUUUCUGCAAGCGAGUCAAUGAACCAGGUGCUUUCUACGGGUUGUGUAUUGGUCUGUUGGUGGGUCUGGCACGUAUGAUAACUGAGUUUGCCUACGGCACAGGCAGCUGCGUGAGUCCCAGUAACUGUCCCACGAUCAUCUGUGGUGUGCACUACCUCUAUUUCGCCCUCAUCCUCUUCAGCCUGUCCUGUAUAUUGAUACUGGGCAUCUCCCUCAUGACCAAACCCAUUGAUGACAAACAUCUGUACAGGCUCUGCUGGAGUUUGAGGAACAGCACUGAGGAGAGGAUUGAUCUGGAAGAAGAUGACUGGACUGAAGAUCAGGAUUCAGACUCUAUGCAAACAGAAGAGGUGCGUGAGGAUCCAAGCUGUUGGAAGAAGGCCUACAACUGGUUCUGCGGCUUUGAUCAAGGCAAUGCACCUAAACUGACUAAAGAACAGGAGGCAGAGUUGAAGAUGAAACUCACAGACACCACUGAGAAACCUCUAUGGAGAAACGUGGUCAACGCUAAUGCUAUUAUCCUCCUCACUGUCUGCAUCUUCUUCCAUGGUUUCUUUGGUUAAAGAUCACAUCAGUAUCAACUAAAUCUAUUAAGGAUAUUAGAGCUGUAUUGUGUGGACAGAAAUGUUGCCUUAUCUGUAACAACAAGCUAAAUGUGAGUAAUCUGAUUGUAAGAAGUUACAAAAGUUCCUCUUGAAACACUCAAUACUUCCUUAUAAUAUACUCAACAAAAACUUCCUUACAGCUGCCUACUGUUUUUGAUUUGAUGGCAGUAGAAUAGAAAAUAUUUUUGACUUUCAUUUUAAACCCAAGACCAAAACUGAUAGUUCACUUGUAGUCAUGACAGAUCUUUCUUAGCUGCUACAGUAUCUAAUUUAAAACAUGCCUGACUGUUUUUACUGUACAUUUGACAAUAUUUACUGCAAGUUCUACCUUUGUACCUUUGACAUAUUACAGAGUAAUAGUUUCAACUAAUAAUAUUAAG